AUGAUGAUUCAACAGGUGCAAUGUUCAUCAUGUUGGUCAAUAAUCCCAAUUGAUAUUCCAAAAGGCCAGAUUAUGUCUGCAGCAGCAGGAGGAGCAUCAUCAUCAAAACCCUUGAAUGUGCAAUUGAGGUCUAGGAGGUUACGAUGUGAGGCGGUGGUGGGGGGCCUGCACACGGGGAGAGACCCAAAUGUGAAGAAGGCCGACUGGUUAAGGCAGAAAGCCCCACAAGGAAACAAGUAUGAGGAGGUCAAGGAGUCAUUGUCCCGUUUGAAUCUGAAGACGGUGUGCGAGGAGGCCCAAUGCCCAAACAUCGGGGAGUGUUGGAAUGGAGGUGGGGAUGGCAUUUCCACUGCCACUAUCAUGCUUCUUGGGGACACCUGCACCCGUGGCUGUCGUUUCUGUGCCGUCAAGACCAGCCGAACCCCUCCACCUCCCGAUCCCAUGGAACCUCUCAACACUGCUAACGCCAUUGUCAGCUGGGGUGUCGAUUAUAUUGUUUUAACCAGCGUUGAUCGUGAUGACCUGCCCGAUGGUGGAAGUCGACAUUUUGCUCUGACCGUCCAAGCCCUCAAGACUCUCAAACCUGACAUCAUGGUUGAAUGUUUAACUUCUGACUUUCGUGGUGACUUGACGGCUGUAGACACUCUGCUCUACUCCGGGCUUGAUGUCUUUGCUCACAACAUUGAGACCGUCAAACGCCUCCAGCGAAUUGUCAGAGACCCUCGGGCGGGGUAUGAGCAGAGCUUAUCUGUUCUAAAGCAUGCAAAAGAGAGCAAGAAGGGGAUGAUAACAAAAACUUCUAUAAUGUUGGGCCUGGGAGAAUCAGACGACGAGUUGAAGCAAGCUAUGGCUGAUUUAAGGGCUAUAGAUGUUGAUAUAUUGACACUUGGACAAUAUUUACAGCCAACUCCAUUGCAUUUGACGGUCAAAGAAUAUGUUGUCCCUGAGAAAUUUGUUUUCUGGAAGGAAUAUGGGGAGUCUAUUGGAUUUCGUUAUGUAGCCAGUGGGCCCUUGGUCCGGUCCUCAUAUAGGGCGGGGGAGCUGUUUGUUAAGACGAUGGUCAGGGAAAGGGUUAAGGGCUCUACUGGCAUAUUUUAG